AUGGCGCGACCCGUGAAAUACAGCUAUCCUUCGCCCCUCGCCGGCUUCGAAAAUGCGCCUCCGCUAUCGGAAGAGAGGAACGACGAUGGGAAAAGUUUCGUGAACCCGCCGCGCGAAGGGCUAAGCGAGGCCUACGAGACCUUUACGGAUCCUUUGGACAAGGGUCGUCGGGGUGGAUUCGAUAUCCAUAUUUAUUACUUCCAGGAGAACCAAGAACACGCCAAGUAUGCACGCGAUCUAUGGGAGCGUAUCAGGAGAGAAUUUCCCGAGUUGAGAAUCUACCGCUUUUGGGACCGGCCAAUCGGGCCUCAUCCCGUCGCCAUGUUCGAAGUGAAUCUCUUCACGCCCGCGCAGUUCGGAGCCUUUAUCGCUUGGCUAGCUGUUUGGCGCGGGCCGCUAUCAGCCUUGAUUCACCCCAAUAACCUUCCCGGCGAGGGCGAGACGAAGCUGGAGGCUGAACUGAGGGACCAUUCCGAGAGGGCGAUAUGGAUGGGUGAACGCCUGCCGCUGGACUACAGUCGAUUCCUGGCGGCUAUUGAGGAGGAGAGGAAAUCGAGGAUAUGA